GAAGAGAUCAGCCGGACAGCCAGAGCCUUCAUGAUACUGCCCACAUCACACGCAUUUCCUCAACGAAGUCGCCGAGAACACGUACCGUACAGCGCGCGAGACAUAAAGGAAAUCCUCUUUUAUUGCCCUUCAUAAAAGCCCCAGUGUCAUUUAGUGAGAGAUGCCGCUAAGGACCGGACUUCUGCUGCUCGCCGUGCUCAUCGCCUCCGCGUAUGAACUGGAUCAGAACGAAUCCUACUCGCCCAGGAGAGCACGCUUCUCCCACAACAGCCCCUCGGAUGUGGCGCGUUGCUUGAACAGUGCGCUCCAGGUGGGCUGUGGUGCCUUUGCCUGUCUUGAAAACUCAACGUGUGACACAGAUGGCAUGCACGAAAUCUGCAAGUCCUUUCUCUACAGUGCUGCUAAAUUCGACACUCAGGGUAAGGCUUUUGUGAAAGAAAGCUUGAAGUGCAUUGCCAAUGGCAUCACUUCCAAGAUCUUUCUAACAGUCAGACGUUGUUCCACCUUCCAGAGGAUGAUUUUGGAGGUUCAAGAGGAGUGUUACAGCAAGCUGGACAUUUGCACAGUGGCCAAAUCAAACCCAGAAGCCAUUGCAGAGGUCGCUCAGCUACCCAGCCACUUCCCCAACAGGUUUUAUGGGAAACUACUGCAGAGUUUGAUGGAGUGUGACGAUGAGACGUUGGACCUGGUGAGGGCAAAUAUGUUGACCCGAUUAGGGCCCGAGAUCGCCAUGCUCUUCCAACUACUGCAGAACAAGCCGUGUCCGUCUGCUGCAGUACCUACUGGAAUGGAGACUCGUGGUGGGUGGCGGUGGUCUGUCAGUCCCUAUGGAUACAAGAUCCAGCCAAAUCUACGCAACAGAGAUGCCUCGGAUCUCUUUGGCAAGAAACGCAACAUUGGUGACAGCUCUUAACUUCAGACCAAUUUGCCAGUCCAAACUUAGCCAUCGUGCACACAUAAACAAACGCAGAGUGAAAACACACACACACACAGAAAAAAUUAAAGCAAGACAAAACAGUGGUUUAUUUUCCGAGGCUAUACAAGGACACAUUCCUUCUCAACUGGAAAAAGGCAUGCACCAGUGCAGAAACAUCUUGAAUGUCCUAAUUCUAUGUUUAUCACUUCAUAUUCGACGAGUUUUACACGUUUAAGGGGAAAUCGGCCUGGUUUACAGACCGAUCCGCGUGUAGGUCAAGUCAAGGUCAUCAUGAAAUCCAGCGGAAGUCAUCCAGGCCAUUAUGUAGAGAGCUUUUAGACUUAUUUCCAUGAAAAUAUCUCUAGAAACGAAAGGAAAAUACUAUCGGGGAAAAAAAAUCAACAGCCAUUUAUAUAUGAAAUAUAUCUUACAGAGAUUACAGCAAAGAAAAUGUAUGUGUAUAUAAACUGAAUCUAGCAUUGAUGUGAAAUAGUUGGCAUGUGUUAUAGAAAUAAGAGUGUACUAUUUAUUUAUUAACAGAUAUUUUAAUACUACUUUAGCUGUAAAUCUCAAAUUGCCACUAGCCUUUUUGUGAAACUCUCCCAUUUGGCGAGAGCUAUAUCUUUAAAAAUCGAUGUGCGGGAAUUCAUUAAAAUACCAAAAAACUCAAGUUCAGAUGCCGUAAAUCAUAAGAAUCGACUACAGCAACAGUAGAUGUCAGCGAUCCACACUGGACGACCAAACAAUAUUUAUGAAAUGAGUUAGAGAUGCACAGGAAGGGACAGAUAAUUUCUCUUCGCACUCCUUCAGCUUCUUUCUGAAGAUCUACAGGAGCUUUUUUUCACUGUUCGCAAGCUCUUGGAUGGUCUCUCUACUUAUUAUCUGUUCAAAUAGUGCAGUACAAAUAAACUCGGAGAGGAAAAUCAAUUCUAAGCCCUGAGUGCAUUGUUAGCGCUACAUCUAAACACAUAUUUUGGCAAACCUAUUGGACAGAUGAACAAAUUACUCCCUGGUGAAUAUGACAUGCAGAAGUGAGUUCAA